GCUUAUAUAUAGCAGUCCCAGAACAUAACGCUAAAGCACAGUACAAUGCGUUCACUAUACGAACUCCCACCCCUCUGUCCACAAGUACAUUCAUCAAUCUUUGGGCCGAAAUUCAUACACAUUCAAUUACUGAUCCAGAUGAGGCAGCUGCGUACGAAAGAGACUCUCUGAAAGCGUAUGGGGCGUUUUAAAGACCCCGAAACUAUGAUUAUAGACGGGUUUGUUUUAAAAUAGCGAUUGGGACUUUUAAUUAUGAGUUGUUGGAAUCCGCUGGAUGGAUGGACGGACGUUACGUGGUAGUUUAUGAGUGAACGGACCGGUGUGCUGAACGGGUUCAGUCUGAUCAGGUCUGAAAUGAAGAAUAUCACCUGUAUCUCUGGGACGACCCGACCUCAACGGGCCUCCUGGCUGCAAGUGUUAUUUUUGAUGCUCUUUUGGACCUGUUUAAAAGCACAACAGUUAAAAAACACUAGAUGGCCUCUGUAUUCCGGCAAGCCUUUGCUCUUGGCUUGGAACGCUCCUACUGAAGACUGCAGACCUCGACAUGAUGUCACCUUCCAGCUGGAUCAAUUCCAGAUAGUGGCGUCUCCAAAUGAGGGCUUCACCAAGCAAAAUCUCACAAUCUUCUAUCAGGACCGCUUGGGUUUGUACCCGUACUUUAAACCAGAUGGCACUCCAGUCUAUGGAGGGCUACCGCAGGCUGCCAGUCUCACACAACACCUAGAAAAGAUGCCAGAUGGACUCAAGAAGUACAUAAGAGACCAAGCAGUCAAAGGUCUAGCUGUAAUCGACUGGGAAGAGUGGCGGCCCCUUUGGAUACGAAACUGGGGACCUAAACUUAUUUACCGCGACCGUUCGCAACGAUCAGUUGCUGAGAAAAACCCAACUUGGCCUCAAGAUCAAGUAACCAAAGUGGCCCAGCAAGAGUUCGAACUCUCUGCACGAAAGUUCAUGUUGGAGACUCUUCGAUUAGCCAAAAGUUUACGCCCCCAGCAGCUGUGGGGAUACUACCUCUUUCCGGACUGCUACAACCACAAUUACCAAACUAACCUGCAGAACUACACGGGACAGUGUCCGGACAUAGAGGUGAGCAGGAACAAUGAACUGAAGUGGCUGUGGACGGAGAGUACAGCUCUAUAUCCUUCAGUGUACAUAGGGAAAAUCCUGAAGGACAACCCGAAAGGACGGCAGUUUGUGAGGAACCGGGUGAAAGAGGGGAUGAGAUUGGCGUCUGUUGGGGACGGAUCUGCUCGACCAGUGUUUGUCUACACACGGCCCACUUACCUAACUAACACGACCAGCAGCAACCCUGCUGAACUCCUGCUGCUGACUGAGAUGGAUCUGGUGUCGACUAUCGGUGAGAGUGUAGCGUUGGGCGUCGCGGGUGUCAUUCUGUGGGGCGACUCCACCUACGCCAGCAGUCAGGCGACGUGCUCGAGUCUGAACGAGUAUCUGCGCGGGCCGCUGGGUCGAUAUCUGCUAAACGUGACGUCGGCCGCUGAGCAGUGCAGUCGAAAUCUGUGCGGUUUCCGUGGCCGUUGCCUCCGCAAACAGCCCAACACGGACACAUACCUGCACCUGAGUGCUAGCACACAUCGUAUAGAGCGACAGGCUAACACGCUAAAGCUAACAGGACAGAUGAGCGAGGAAGAACUGGGACGCUUGCGUGAUGACUUCCAAUGUCAGUGUUAUAAUGGUUACAGCGGCGACGACUGUAGUAUAAAGGACAACGGGAAUCGAGCGGCAUCGCUAUGGACUAGCGCUUUACAAAAUUUGGUGUUACCGUUGAUUUUGAUGGGGUUUCUACACUGAAAGCUGCAACGUGGUAAGACUUUGUGCAGAUUACAACACAUAUGGAGGUGUUUGAAACAUGCGUUUGGAUUUACAUGUAGUGUAGUGGCGGCUUUUGUUCGAGGAUGAGCGAGGAUCGCCCCCUGCUGCACUGGAAGAAGAACUACACUGUGCGAUAUGAGUAUCUUUAGUGUACACUAAUGGUCAAAUUUUUUAAAUGUUUAUACUGCUCUCCAUGACUGAUUUUAUUUGAUCAAAUUACAGUAAAAUUUUAAAAAAAUAUUAAUUUAAAUUACGUUUUCCUUUUGAAAGUUCGAAUGUAAUUUAUUCCUGUAAUUUUUAAAGCUUUUAAUUUUUUUCACAUCAUUUCUCUAGUCUUUGGUGUCACAUGAUCCUUCAGAAAUCAUUCUAAUAUGAUGAUCUGCUGCUUAAGACACUUAAGCAUGAUUUUUUAUUAAUUAUAAUUAUUUUUUAUAAUUAUUAAUAAUUAUUAACAUUAUUAUUAUUAUCAUUAUUGGUGUUAAAUUUCAUGUUUUGUGGAAACUAAAAUGGCUCCGACCAUUAACAUUAUUUUACUUUUAUUCAUCAAGGACACUUUAAAGUGGACAACAAUAAAAGUAAAGACAUUUAUAUGCUGUCAUUUUCAUGAAAUAAUCGAAAAGUUUCCAAUAAAAUAAUGAAGCGGGAAAAAACGUUUUCAACUUUGAGUGCCAAAAAUAAAAGAGCAGCUGAUUAUCAUAGUUUAAAUCACAGGUGUCAAAUCCAGUCCCUGGAGGACCGCAGCUCUCCACAGUUUACCUUUAACCUUAAUUAAACUAAUUGAGUCCUUCAGGCUUGUUUGAAAUCUACAAAUGUGUUGAAGCAGGAUUGGAACUAAACUGUGCAGAGCUGCGGCCCUCCAGGAACUGGAUUUGACACCUAAAGGAUCACGCAACACUGAAGACUGAAGUAAACUUGACCUCAAAUCAAAAAGAUGAAUAAAUUUAAGCUCCCUUGACUAAAAAAACUAUUUUUUAAUUCUAAUAUUGUACAUUUUUUACAGUUCAUGUUUUUGAUCAAAUAAAUGCAGCCUUAUUCAGCAGUAUAGACUUUAAAAAUUAAAAAUUAAAUUGACAGUUAGAGUACAAGUGUUUGUAAAUGAUUGGUUUCUUUAUUUUUUUAUUAGUGUAAAAUUAUAGAUGUGGGGGUUUCAGCUGUCAUUUGAGGCCUUUAUUUCUGUCAGUCUUUAUAUCUGCGCAAAACCAGUUGUGACCUUAUUGUCGUCAUGCGUCACGUGAGCAGCUUUUUAAAACCAACACCAAUUAUGCUAACACUUCAGUUUAGGCCACAGUUCACGAACUCAUUAACUAACACAAAUCAUUAACUAACACUACUAGCAUAACAGCUGUUUAUUAAUAGUUAGUAAGGUAGAAGUUGUGUUUUGGGUAGGAUUAGGGAUGCAGAAUAAGAUCAUACUUAACUACUAAUGAACAGUUCAUAGCUUAAUUGUAGAUGGGUAAUAAGCCAGUAGUUAAUAACAUGAUUUGUGACCUAAACUAAAGUGUUAGAUAAAUUAUUAUUAUUAUUAUUAUUAUUAUUAUUAUUAUUUUCAACGCUGCUGCCUCAUCAAAAUCACAUUUCACUUCAAAAUUAGGAGAAAACUGUGCUAAAUCAGUUAAAUAAAUAUCAACAUCAGAUAUAAAUCACAAUUAUUAUAUCACCAUGCUAUAAAUUAUUCACAUUAAAUGCAUAAUCAUGAUACUUUUUUUAAAUGAUCAUGAAAAUUGCAGAAAGAUUUAUAAUAGUCCUGAAAUGGUUUGUUUUAAUCGCAAAAUGUUUUAUAAAAUAGUUUGCGGGUGAACUGUGAGGAUGGAUGUGUUUUUACAGGUUUUCUUCAUACACUGUUAGAUAGUGAGUGAUUUUUUUGAAAAUCUUGCCAAAAACAUGACCAUAAACGUCACAUCAGCCUUUCAGUGUUGUUGGUUUUUUUUGUCUGUGUUGCACAAAACUAUAUUUGGAGAGCAAAUGUCCUCUUAAAAUGCUGAACUCUGCAUUUCUCUGUAUUAUAUUUGUGUGGGAUAAACUGGAAAGGUUUAUUUUCGUACGAUCAGCACGAGUUUGUCCAAAAAAAAACUGUUGUUGUUUCUUGUGCCUUUACAAAGUUCACCAAAAAAGCUUCCAUCACCAAUAUUAUUAUUUCCAAACCUUGCUUUCUUGGUUUGUAAAUGAUGACUUGUGAAUAUUUUGGAGUGACAAAUCUUUUUAGUUGGUUGAAACAAGUGUGAAAUGAAACCUAAAAGCCUGUUUGCAUUUCAGGGGAUUUGUUUAUUUUUCAUACCAUAAACAUUUUUGAUACUGGAUUGUGCUUUUUCUUGUUGUUCAGACUGAAUUUUUCAUCAGGGUUUUUGUGAAAGACUGAGUGAGUUGAUUUGAAUGUGGUUUGUUUAAUAUUUUUACAAUAAAUCUUAUAUUUAAAAACUA